AUGGGUGCGAAGCUUUGGGGUCGACCGGAGGCAUUGGGCGGCUUGCCCCCGCUGAUGCUUUGCACCAAAGCAGCGGCACAUUUGGUGCUGGUCGAUCCCGCCACGCAGCGCACGGUGGAGGUGGCGGCCUCGGAGUAUUGGAAGAAACCCUUCAGCUCAGUGGCCAUCCCAUCGAAGCUCACGGAAUUCAUCGUUCUGGACGUGAAUGAGGAAGGCCCCCCGGGGCGAGGCCACUGUGAGUUUGAGGUGGCUCGCGCCUCGGACUUUGGCCAAAACGAUGAGCGCCUUCUCGUGCGAUCACACUUAGGCGGUGGGAAGCUGCAGGUGGGUGAUUCGGUCCUGGGCUACGACCUGCGGACGCUGCACCUCAUGGGUGUGGACGAUGAAGAACUUAGUGCCGUUCCUUUGGAGGUCUACUUGGUGAAGAAGAAGCGACCAGAACGUGCUCGCCCCAAACGCCGGCCUGGCAAAGGCUCCCGGCUGGCGCAGCUGCGGCAGGCCAAGGCGCAAGAGGCUUCGAUUGAGAGUGCCUUACAGGCAGAGGCCGAGGUGGCUGAAGUCGCCGAGGCGGAUGGAGCAGAAGAGGACGAGGCGAUGAAGCAGGCAGCCGAUCUUCUCCUAUCACAGCUGCUCGACUUUCCGGCUCGGCGCGAAGCCCGAGGACACCGAGGCAGCGGACGCACCCGAGGCUUGGGUGAGUAUUGCACGUUCGCGCACACUCCAUCUGAGCUUCGGGCCUGGCCCUGGCCGACGGAGGUGGCGGAGCAUUGGAAAGGUCAAGUCUCUGUGGGCGUGGUGGAGCAUGCCAUGUUUUGGGAUUUGCCACCUUCUGGCACCACAGACGUGGUUUGUAACCGCUCGACGGUCUUGGGCAACCCCUUCGGUGCGUGCAGCUACGCCAGCGAGGGCGAGCGUGCGAAGCUGGCGCCGGCGGAUGAGCAGGGCUGGAGGGUGCAGGAGCAUGAGGUGCUGGUGGGGGCUUUCGAUCGAUACUUGCAGGUGGUCUUGGACACCACCAGCUCCAAGCCUUUGGAAGAGGAAGUCCUCCGCAUCGCUGAAGAGCAGUCCCUGCAGCUGUCAGAGGCCUGGCUUCAGUACCGCCCCGCGAGGGCUCAGGUGCUGAAAGCGCUGGAGUCCUUAGCCUCCCGCGUGCGUGGGGGCCAGCGUUUGCGGCUGCUGUGCCACUGUCGGCCGCAUGUGCGCUGCCACGCGGAGAGCCUCAAACGCUACCUGGACCAGUUCGCUCUGGAGAGCGCCUCACCGUCCUCACCGUCGCGUGACCGUCAUGACCGGUCCACCGCCCACGGCGUCCCGACGGACCUGAAUGGCUGCCUGUGGCCGGGCACCGUGCCCCACGCCGAACGUUGCAGCGUCCAGACCAAGCAGUAUGUGUGUCAGCGCGACCAACGGGCACUUGACCCGGAGACCAUGAAAGGCUAUUGUGCCCAGUGCUGGUCGCAUCAUUCCCGAGUUUAUCGGUGGCCUGCAUUCGAAGAUAGUUGGCCCACUGAGUGUUAUUUUGAGGAUUAUGUCCCGAAGUGGAACACGAAUGGCUCCGCAAUUUGCUGGUACUAUCAGAAUGGCUGCUGCAAAUUUGGUGAUUCCUGCCCCUUUUCACACGUGAGCAAGGGUGGAUAA